GGUAAAGACAAUUACGUGUCUGUGUUUACUUUGCUGAUGCUUGUUUAUAGCCACAGAGGAAACUAAAAGUCAGUCCCUCUGGUGUUCCUUUGCUAUCCUGUGUCCAAUUUACAUUUUUGAUGCAAAGGAUCUGAUGUAACUUGGUGUAAUUAACAUUUCUUGGCUUCAUUAUAAUCAGAAGAAAGGUCAUUGUUGCUGAAAAGCCAGAGUGUGGAGCUAAGAUGAAGUCCUGCCUUUAUCGAACUGAACCUGACUGAGCAGAGCCGAGUCUCAUUCACGUCUUCAGAUCUGUCUCCAUCCAGCCAUCUAUCCAUCUGUCUGUGCUGAGGAGAAAUGGAGCUUUGGCCGCUUCAGGUCUCACUUGAAAGCCCCAGAGAUUCAGACCAACCCUUGUCAACCAGUCACAGAUCCAGCUCUGUUAACGGCACCAGGGAGCCUGACGGUGUCACCUUCAUCAUCAUCCAGGGCCUCUCCAGCCUCGGUGAAAGACAGAUGAUCCCAUUUGUCAUCCUGCUGCUGGGUUACAUCAUCAUCCUGGGAGGAAACAGCAUGAUCAUCUUUGUGACACUGACUGAUCCAAAGCUCCACUCUCCCAUGUAUUUCUUCCUCUGCCACCUCUCCUUGGUGGACAUGCUCUUCACCACCUCUACCAUCCCCAAAAUGCUGGCUGGCUUCCUGGCAGAUGUGUCAACCAUCUCAGUCCCAGGCUGCUUCCUGCAAAUGUUUUUCUUCACUCAGCUAACCUUUACUGGUCAUGCCAUCCUGGCAGUCAUGGCGUACGACCGCUACGUGGCCAUCUGCCACCCUCUGCACUACAUCUCCAUCAUGACCUGGCAGGUCCAGCUGCUCCUUGUAGCAGGAGCCUGGGGCUUUGGCAUCUUCACUAUGUUGCCAUACUUCAUAUAUGCUUUACUCCGACCUUACUGUGGCCCAAAUGUGGUCAAACAUGCCUGGUGUGACCCGUCAUCUAUAAGGCAACUGGUCUGUGCUGACACCUCAGUGGAUAACAUUGUGGGCCUUGUCACUGCCGCUCUGUCUCUACUGAUCCCAGGAGUCCUCAUCCUGACCUCCUAUGUCCUGAUUGGCAUUUCAGUAUCAAAGAUGGGUGUUGCUCAGAGGCUGAAGGCCUUCAGGACAUGUGCUGCCCACUUGACUGUGGUGUCCAUCUCUUUCACCUCAGUUGCCUUUGUGUACAUCUCCUAUCGUGUGAGAAGCUUCUCACCAGAGGUUCGUAUCAUUGUAGCUGUGCUGUACGCCGCUCUGACUCCUUUCCUGAACCCAGUGGGUGGACUGCUCUUCCUAAAGUCCACAGUCAUCUCCAGUGUUUUGAGCAUGUUCAACUCCAGGUUGUUGCGACCACAGGACCAUCUGUUCAACCUCCCAUCUGUAGGCUGA